CUCCCCGGCCCUCCAGCUGUUAAAGCUCCCGCAGCGGCGGGCGCGGAGCUGCUGCUCGGCCCGGACUGCGGAGCGGAGGUGCCCGGCUCCUGGUGCCCAGGGAAAGUGCCUCUCCUGGACGGAGCCUCCCCGCUGCCUUCUCCAGGCAGGACCCAGACAGCUUUGGAGAGGUUGUUCAAGAAGGCAGGAAGAUGACAACGUCGCCUCCGCCGGGCUGCGGCAACAUCGGUGCCGACUACCACCUGCUCUGUGACACAGAGAAGGCCUGGGGGAUUGUCCUGGAGUCGCUGGCUGCAGCAGGCAUCCUCAUCACCAUUUUCCUCAUCUGCUCGCUCUUCUUCCUCAUCUGCAAAGUGCAAGACAACAGCAAGAGGCACAUGAUCUCCGUCUAUUUUUUCUUUCUUUUAGGCACGCUCGGCGUUUUUGGCCUCACUUUUGCCUUCAUCAUUAAACUCAAUGACAGGACUCGUCCCACUCGCUUCUUCCUGUUUGGGGUCAUCUUUGCCCUCUGCUUCUCGUGCCUCCUCACCCAUGCCUGCAACCUCAACAAACUAGUGAGGGGAAGAAAGCCCUUCUCCUGGCGGGUGCUGCUGCUCUUCCUUGUUUCCUUUGCCCUGGUACAAGUUGUGAUCAGCAUCGAGUACUUGGUCACCAGGUUUGUAAACCAGAGAGAAGACUUCCUGAAAAUGGAUCGGGAGAAUACUAACAAGGACUUUGUCAUGCUUCUGAUCUACGUGCUCUUCCUGAUGGCUCUGACCUUCUUGGUUUCCAUGUUCACAUUCUGUGGGCCAUAUAAAAGCUGGAAGAGGCAUGGGGCACACAUCUUUGUCACUCUCCUGUUCUCCAUUGCCAUUUGGGUGGUGUGGAUCACUAUGCUCAUAAAAGGCAAUACGGUUUUAGAAAAAUACAUGUGGGAUGAUCCUGUUGUGGCCAUUGCUCUGGUGUCCAAUGGCUGGAUUUUCCUGAUAAUGUAUAUUGUCCCCGAAAUUUGUUUCCUCACUGCUCCUCUGAAGCUAGAGGACUACCCUCCAGAAAAUGACUUCUGCCAACCCAAGUUCAUAAAGCAGACAACUGGAGUGGACAACCGUGCCUACACCCAAGAUGAAAUUGUGCAAGGAAACAUCAACUACUCCCCGUACGCUUCUCACUUUCAGAUGAAGGCCAUUGAACCCCAGAGUGAUUUCUCCAUCCCUCGCCCCAAGGCCCGGACAAGCCCAUACCAUGACUACACUGGUGGGAAGAGCCCCAUGUAGCAGCUCCACAGUGAGCAGAGACUGAGUGCCCCUCAGCAGAGGCACAGGGAAUGGGCCACGUGGUGACAAAGGAGAUGAUCCUGCAGAAGAGUCAACCCACACCAGCAGAAAAGAGGAGGGAUCCUCUUUCCCCCACACAGGCACCUUUGUAGCUCCCUGUUAUUCUUCAGACACAACCCUGGCCAUCCUGUCCCUGCUCACUCUGUCUCCAUGGAAUGGAGCUUCUCUCUUCUGAUGGAAGAACAUUCUGGCCUGUUUCCAGCAGGAAUGCUAGAGAAGCAGGAAGAUCAUCAGCUGGGUCUGUGACUGGCUCUGCCCCAGACAGGCCUGCUUUAAUCAGCUCAUAGGGCGCCUGCGCCCCUCAUCUGAUGGGAGAAGAGGAAGGAGCAGGAGCAUCAGCCCUACACAUUCCUUCCUCCUGUGUACCCACACAGACAUCUCAGGCACUGCUGAGGACAUCUUUAUCUAUCCCCUGUUACUUCUGUGCCCACUCCCAGCCCUGCCUGGCUGUCCUCCAGAGAUCAGUGAGCAAGGGACAGAGAGAGAAAAAGAAUACUCCAUUUUUCAUCUUCAUAUUUGCUUCCAGCACCUUCCUCAUCAUCUAGGGGCCAUGCUGGAGCUGGGGAAGAGAUCUUAAAGGCAUAAAAUCAUCUACACCAAUUUACCCUGACACAUGUUCUAAUUCAUGUUCUUAAAGCUUCCUUUCCAGCUCUGGCUCCUGCCCAUGUGCCUCAGCUGAGCUCCUCAAGGUGCCUUCCCCCUGCAAACUCUCCCUCCCCACCCCAGCCAUUCCAGGCUGUGGAUCCCCAAAGACAAAGCCUCUCCCAUGUGGCUCCUUGCAAUACCUGGUGGGAUAUAAUCCUGUGAGCCCUGGAUCUCAGCCUCUUCCUGAGCGUGUCUGUGGCAUUUACACAAACAUUUCCCAAGCAGCCAGGUUACAGAGGGCAGACACCCUUCUUCCCAGCAUGAGUGAGCAAAAGUGUGUGUGUGUGUGUGUGUGUGUGUGGUGUGUGGACUGCACCCUGGUGAUGAGCAAUGAGUCUGCAGAGUUGAAUCAUUCUGUAACCUGCUUUGCAUUUGAUAAAUAGCUUCCCAUGGUAUUUCAUCUGUAACUACAGAGAGCUCUCCAAGUGGGUGUGUGUGGUACACUGGCGUCUGACACAGCUGUAUAUUUAUUUAGUACUUUGUAUGUGGACUGUUUAAUUAAUAAAAACCCAAACAGCCUGUCUAUGAGAAA